UAUCCCCGAUAAGCUAUCCCCCAGCUGAAUCCUGGUCACACUUAGUUUUGGGGUAUCAGCUGUUUGGGUGCCUAUUUUUAUCAGCGAUUCAUUUGUUUACGUAUUUGUUUAUUGGAUCGCAGUGGAUGUGGUAAAAAAUGACCAGGACAUGCAGGAUCUGUGGCGGAGCCGAUGGGCGGUACUGGGUCGAAACGCCCGUGGAGAAGUACGCCGGGAAGACUUUCGUCCAGUUAAUGACAGAACUGACCAAAAUUGAGGUGUCUGCACUUUUGAGCGACAAGUUUCCGCAGUGGCUCUGUGCUAGGUGCGCACAUAAGCUGGAAAUGGCCUAUGAAUUAGUGAUGCAAGCCAAAGAGACGCACAAUCUGUGGAUGCGAAAGUUGGACGAGGAAACGAAGGAUCGGGACGUGGAGUCGCAAGGGCUUGAAGCAUUGGAGUGCCUCAAGGAGACGCCUAUCCACCUAUUUGAUAUCGAAGGAGUAACGAUUAAAACAGAGGAACUAGACCAAACGCCUUCAGUCGCGAGAAAAGACCCUCUUGUCCGUCCGCGCAUUGUGAAGCGGAGUAUUACACAUUACAGUGACGCUGACGACGACCAGGACGAUGUACCCCUUCGCCAGACCCGCAAGCACUUGGCGUUUUCUGUUCAAAAGCUGCAUAUCUGUAGCAUCUGCAACAAGGCAUUCCGAUAUGUAACAAAUCUGUAUCGUCACAGGCAGAGGGAUCAUGGUGCGCCCGGAAAACCAGGAACUGACCUGGACGAGGAUGAAAACUACUAUAAGUGUGAUCAGUGUGACAACACAUUCAAGUACGUUAUGGAUUUGGUGAAGCACAACAAAAAUGAACACGAUGCUAGUCUGCUGCCCUCCAAAAUUUACUUCCAAAGAUGUAAAACGUCUCGUCGAACAACACAAACGCAAGAGGACAUAGCCCGUUCGAGUCCUGCAUCGACUGCAGCAACUUCUACGCAGCGAAAAACAAGCAACAGUGACACAUUAGUGCACAGCUUCAUCAAGACCGUGGUUCUCUCAGAUGAAGAUGAAAGCAGCAGCUCAGAGAACUACUAUAAAUGCGACGACUGCACCAAGUCGUACAAAUACGUCAUAAGCCUAAUCAAGCACAAACAUAGUGAGCACUCUGGCGAAGACAGGCAGUUAGGAAGACAGGAGGUGGAGGAAGAUCAGCGCAUUGGUGCUUCUACAUCAACUGUUUCUGCAGCUGUGCUGCCAAAACCAUCAAGGAUUAACCGGCGCGUUAAUGGAUUUGAUCUUCAUCGAUGCGAACCCAAUGGGGCUAAGGAAAUAAAGUGCAUGAUUUGCUUGAAACGGUUUACAAAGCUUCGCCAGUUAAGAGAUCACCUAGAAGCGCAUCCGACCGAUUUCAAUUUUGAAGCACAUGGGGAACCAAUCGAAAGAAUUGCCGAGGGGUUCUUCAAGACCGCUGUAGAGUCGACGUCGGAGGGCUUAAAGCGUCGGAUAUUAAGAGACCUGAGAAUGGGCGUUUAUGGGCGCUAUUAUUCCAUCACAAAUGAAGCUCGUUACGAAAUGAGUCUGGACAGUUCGGAUACAGACAGUGAUGGUGAUGGUGAGGAUGUUGUGGUGAGACGUAGCUAUGUUUGCGAUCUGUGUGAUGAUCCGGAUGCAAGGUGGCCGCGAAAGUAUCAAAUCCACAAGCACCACCUUCAGGAGCACAACUGGCUAGACGCUCCCCACGUCUGUCUGCGCUGCGAUUCCAGGUUCUUGAAUGCCGAUCUUCUGGACCACCAUACCAGCCAACUGUGUCAAAAUACCCUUAAGCGUUUCAUGUGUGACAAGUGUCCGCAGCGCUUUUUUUGGCGCAGAAAUCUUCGCGCCCAUCUUGUGGAGCAUAAGAGCAAGCAAGACAGCUAUCCUUGCGAUCAGUGCUCCCGCAGCUAUCAGGACAAGAGCGCCGUAACCAAGCACAAGUUAAUGAUGCACCGGGACAGUAGCACACAACUAUUUCCCUGCCGGUGGUGCACUCGCACCUUUUACCGUCCCUCCUUGUUGCACAAGCACGUCAAGCGCCAUGGAUUUAGUGGCGAUGACCUGCCGUUGGCAGAAACUCUCUUGGCUGAUGCCGCAAAGGCGACCAGGCCGAAAACCAUCCAGUGCAAGCUGUGCGAAAUCCAGUUUAUCAGCGUGGUGGAUCUACGCCGGCACAUAUCCAUGCAGGGCCACAGUGAUCAGCCAUCGUCCUACAUGAUAAGCACGGAAGCUGGUUUCGAAAUGCUAAUAGACGAUACCGAUGACAGUGAUGAGGAAAGCUCCUCCGGCAGGUGCUACUCCUGCGAUAUGUGCCAGCUUAGUUUCCGGCGCAGGAAGGAUAUAAACGAACAUCAGUACUCCUUGCACAGCUUCGAUAAGCUGCCCUUUGCCUGCGAACACUGCAUUUUUAAAACGGUGGAUAAGGGUAUCCUGGAGCAGCAUUUGAUCACUCAGUGUCGAAACAAUGAAAAGAAAUUUAUCUGCCCGCGCUGCGGAUAUAAAUUUAUGUGGGAAGAGAAUCUGACCCAUCACCUAGCCACUCAGCACCAGACCAAAAAUCAGAACAUUCCGGAACAACAGACACCUCUGCGACGCAAGAGAAGAUUUCGUUAUCAGUGCCCUCAUUGUUGGCGAUCCUUUGUGGCUCAGCCUAGUUUGGACAAACACAUCCGAGACAUGCAUGUGGCCAAAAGGAACCUCGGAAAGAAGUAUCUGUGCUCCCUGUGCGGCUUAGAAGCGCAAACUCCCAACAAACUUAACAUCCAUAUGCGGCGGCACAUGGGUGAGAAACCAUUUAAGUGCGAUCUCUGUGACAUGCGUUUUACGGUUUUCUAUGAGCUGAAGGUCCACCGGCGAAAGCACACGGGCGAAAGACCCUACCAGUGCACCUUCUGCUCCAAGGAGUUCGCCCGCCCAGAUAAGUUGCGGCGACAUGUUUUUAUCCACAACGUAAAACCGCAGUGAGGCUUACCGUAGAAUGAUAUAGUAUUUUGUCAAAGAGAAAAUAAAGAUUUUUUUUCAAAAUACAUAUUUUGAGCCAAAAAUCGGCUCUGCAUAUAGCAGUACAUCGAACACUUCAAGGCAAUCGUCAGCUUCGCAACCGGCCAGGGCAAGAACUACCUCACAAUCGUGCUCCGCGUCAAAAUAUCUAUGCAGUUGAGAUCUCUUGAAAAAAUGUAAACAUCAAAUUUAGAUUCCAGAUAAUGGCGAUUAGGACUUCCACUACGUGUUCAUUAAAUUUGUAAAAUAUAAUACAGAAACGUAUUCUAUCGUCACAUAAUGAUCUAAAGAAA